UCUUCUUCUCUUUUUAUUUUUUAAUAUAUAUAUAUAUAUAUAUUAUUGUAUAUUGUAUUCUUUAAUCAAUAAUUCUAUAAUCUAAUAGCUACACACACACACACACAUUUUACAAAUCAACAACAAUGCUUAAAGGAGAUGCCUUGUUCCGGGCAACCACGCUACUUGCAGCCAUUGGGUUCUUGCUCUUUGGUUAUGAUCAGGGUGUCAUGUCUGGUGUCGUUGCGAACGAUGGUUUCAAAGCUACCAUGGGUAGUCAAGACAAUUCAGCUCUCGUUGGUGCCAUUGUGGCCCUGUACGAAAUCGGUUGUAUGUUCGGUGCUCUUUCUACAGGAAAAGUUGGUGACAAACUCGGCCGUCGUAAGACUAUCCGUGUUGGCUGUCUCAUCUUGAUCAUCGGUGCCAUCCUCCAGACUGCUGCCGUCAACUCUGGUAUGAUGAUCGUCGCCCGUAUUAUCACUGGUGUUGGAAACGGAAUGAACACCGCCACAAUCCCUGUCUACCAAGCAGAACUCUCGCCACCAAAGUCCAGAGGCUCUCAUGUAGCCUUUGAAGCCUCUCUCUUGACCGUCGGUGUCGGAAUUGCCUACUGGCUCGAGUAUGGUCUCUACUUUGCCGAAGGUGAGGUCGUCUGGCGCUUCCCUCUUGCUUUCCAAAUGUUCUUCGCUAUCAUUCUUGGCGCUGCUUCGUUUUUCCUGCCCGAAUCUCCUCGUUGGUUACAAGCUCAUGGCUAUGAAGACGAAUGCAAAGAAGUCUUGUCCCGUCUCUGGUCUGACUGCGAUAUCAAUCACCCCCGCUGUGUAGCCGAGUGGGAAGAAAUCCGCGAUGGUAUUGAGCUCGAGCGCCGUGAAAACAUUUCUUCAUACAAAGAUCUCUUCAAAAAGGGCAAGAUGAACAACCGUUAUCGUGUUCUGUUGGGUAUGGGUGGCCAGAUCAUCCAGCAGUUUGGUGGUAUCAAUGUCAUCAGUUACUAUCUCGCAGACGUCUUCAAGCAGGCUGGCAUGAGCACCGAAAUGGCCAUGUUGAUGGCCGGUGUUGAUUCGAUUGUCUACUUCAUCGGUGCCCUGACUGCAAUCUAUACCAUUGAUCGUCUUGGUCGCAGAUGGCUCAUGUACUGGGGUCUUAUCGGCCAGGCUGUCACUCUGUUUGUUGUCGGUGGCUGCCAAUAUGCUGUCGAGAACGGCAACACCAAGGCAUCCCCUGGUGUCAUUUUGUUUGUCAUGCUUUAUAACUUUGUAUUCGGUGCCGCCUGGUUGGGUCUUGCCUGGCUCUAUCCCUCCGAGAUCUUCUCCACCGCUCUGCGUGCCAAGGGUAACUCGAUGUCGACUGCUGCCAACUGGCUUGGUAAUUUUGUUGUUGCUAUGAUUGCACCCGUCCUGUUUGAAUACGCCAAAUACUGGACCUUUUUGCUGUUUGGUAUCCUUAAUGUCAUCUUCUUGGUUCCCAUCUAUCUCUGGUACCCCGAGACCAAAGGAAAGUCUCUUGAGGAGAUCGAAGUCUUGUUCUCCACCCAAGAGUUCCAAAACGACGCAAAGUCCAUCGCCUCUCAUAUCGGAUCGGUCUCUCUAUAUGACUCCAAGCAUGACGCCGAGUCGCUCGCCCAACGUCCCCGCUCUUCCCGUGUACCCAGCCUGGCUAGCCGCCCUGUAUCCCGUCGCAUGCCAUCCAACUUCUCUGUCCAGCAGGAAAAGGUCUCUCCUGAUACUCUUAACCCCAACUCAGCUGCAACUGACAUCAAAAAGAACUACCAGGAUUCUGAUGAAAAGGGUCCUAACUUUAAGUAAUUGCAUACUACUUUAGAGUUUAUUUUAAAUUUCUAUUUCUAUUUCUAUUAUUAUUAUCAUUAUUAUCAUUACUCCUACUCCUACUACUCCUACUACUCCUACUACUCCUACUACUCCUACUACUUAUUAUUAUUUGCUAUUUGCUAUUUACUAUUUACUACCUCUACCACUACCACCACUACCACCGUUACUGCUAUUAUUACUAUUACUAUUAUUAUUACUACUCGUCUUUCUUAUUUUUCUUUGUGAUAUUUUGGCUGAGCCUGAUUCCUCCCCUUUUGUUUAUUCUCUUUACUUUCGAUGUAUUGAAGCUGUACGUUACUGCCUUGAGUUUAUCUCUCAUUUCCACUUUCAUCAAUUCUGAUAUUUUAAUACUCUAUUCUUUUAAAUGUACUUUUCUUUUCUUUCUCUUUUAUAUAUAUAUUUUUAUAUAUAUAUUUCUUUUACUUUUACUACUAUUGUUAUUAUUUUUUCAAUAAAUGAAUAUAAUAAAUAAAUCAAUGAUAGUGAUAAAAAUAAUAAU